AUGUCGGCAAUUGCCUGCAACAUUAUGGGGCAUGAGGUCAUCGCAGCCAACAGACUUGAUCUAAACGCAUACUCCCGCUUUCUCUCGCCACAGAGCACACCCUGCAAACAUCCGGUCAUCCUGCUGCAAGACGUCAAUUUCAUGGAUCUGCACUCGCUGGUGGAGUUCAUAUACCACGGCGAGGUGAACGUGCACCAGAAGUCGCUGCAGUCGUUCUUGAAGACCGCCGAGGUGCUGCGCGUCUCGGGCCUAACGCAGCAGCAGGCCGAGGACACGCACAGCCACUUGGCACAGAUACAGAACCUCGCAAAUGCGGGCAUACGCACGCCACUCAACUCGCAUCCACACCAUGGCUCGUCGCUGCACGAUGAGGGGGCUGCCACAUUGUUUAGCAGCCGCCAGGUUGGCGGCUCGCCGCCGCCGCCUCCGCCGCCGCAGCAGCUGCCGCAGCACAUCAACAACAAUCUGCUGAAGCGCAUGGCCAUGAUGCACCACAGCGGCGGCGUCGUCGACGAGACAACGUCGCACGCCCUCAAGCGCUUGCGCAGCGCCGACAACAACAACGGCCUCUCUGCCAACAGCAACAACAACGGCAGUCCCGAUCUGCAGAUGCAUGCGCGCAGCGCCUCGCCCCAGCUAACGCCGGCCGACUUUAGCACGAUCAAGCACCACAACAACAACAACACGCCGCCGCUCAAGGAAGAGAAGCGCAAUCGCUCCACAGGCAACGGCAACUCGGGCAACGGCAACAACAGCAACGGCAACAACAACAACAAUGGCAACGGCAACGGCAAUGGCAACGGCAACGGUAACGGCAUCUCCAUCAGCGAGAAGCUUGGCAGCAUGACGCCCUCGCCGCUGGCACGCGGUGUCGACGAUGUCAAGUCGGAGCCGAUGGAGCUGGUCUGCUCGAACAACAACAAUGCCAACGCCAACGUCAAUGAUGAGCACAGCAACGACUCCACAGGCGAGCACGACGCCAACCGCUCCAGCAGCGGUGACGGCGGCAAAGGCUCCUUGAGCUCUGGCAAUGACGAUGAGAUCAACGACAACCUAGCCACCCAUCAUGCCGCACAGCCCUACAUCAUGUCACCGGCCGAGAGCAAAUUGUUUCCAGCUGCAUUCAAUUUUCCGAUUAGCAAUCUCGAUCAUUCAGCCUUGAUGGGUCUUAAUACCCAGCUACAACAAUCUGGUGAACUCGCUGUCUCUCCACAAGGUCAACUGACGACAAAUGCUACAACUUCUACAACAAACAACAACAACUAUUACCUGUCAUACUCUGAACAAACAAACAACAACAACAACAACUGCACAACAAUAAAAACCACAACAACAACAACAACCAAUCUAAAAACAGCCAUCACAAACGCCUCUGGCAUAUGUGGGCUAAAUCUCUCCACAUUCGCAGCCAAUUGCAACAAUAACAACAACAACAACAACAGUAACAAUAACAACAACAACAACAACAGCAGUAGCAGCAAUUGUGGCGGCAGCAUAAGUCAACAGCAGCAGCAACAACAACAACAACAGCAGCAGCAACAGCAGCAGCAACAACAGCAGCAUCAGCAGCAGCAACAGCAACAACACCAGUUGAGCAAUGUCGGCAGCCAGGUAACGAAUGGCAUGCUCACCUGUAGUCCACCAGCAACCGCACAGCAGCAAAUGUUUGCAGCCGUUAUGGCGAAUAUGGCAGCAACAGCGAAUGCAACGGCAACGGCAGCAGCAUCGGCCUCGGCCAGCGUCAGCGGCAACAGCUCGUUGAACAACAACAAUUCCAAUUUGAAUACAUCGGGCGGCAGUCUGAAUGCGUCCAGCGGCGGGGAUGACUUUCGCUGCAAUCCGUGCAACAAGAACCUGAGCUCGCUAACGCGGCUCAAGCGGCACAUUCAGAACGUGCACAUGCGACCCACUAAGGAGCCCGUCUGCAACAUCUGCAAGCGCGUCUACAGCUCCCUCAACAGUCUGCGCAACCACAAGAGCAUCUACCAUCGCAACCUCAAGCAGCCCAAGCAGGAGCCAGCCAGCGCAGCCAAUCAGCAAUCGGCCAACAGUUACUACCACCAGCAGUUGAAUCACCAUCAUUCGUCCUCAUAGAAUUUCAUGUACUUUGACUACCAGCAGGCGGAUGUCAACCUUUGAAGCUGAGUCGAGGAGUGCAGAGCAAAGUGCAUAUAAAUACAUACAU